AUGACAAACUUAGAAAACAUCUGUGGCAAGUUUAACUCCUCAAUAGAGAAUAUGAAACUUAUAGUUUGCAAUGAACUUCAAAGUAUAGAUACAACAAAAGUUUUGAACUCAGAUGCUUUGAAGAGUCUUAUAACAGAUAAAGUUGGAGUUGUUGAAAGAAAGUAUAAAGACCAAAGAGUUUGUGAAAAUGUUGCAAACUUCAUUAUGGUUUCAAACAAUGCUGUUCCGAUGAAGUUAGAAAGUUCUGACAGAAGAUAUGUAGUUGUCAGAACGUCAGAUUCUCAUAUGCAAGAUACAGAAUAUUUUGACGACUUAGCAGAAACUUUGACAUCUGACUUUUACAACCACUUGUUCUCAUAUUUUAUGACAUUAGAUAUUUCAAAGUUCAAUCCAAGACAAAUUCCACAUACCGAAGAGAGACAAACAUUGUUAGAAGCAAACAAGAGUGUAUAUGAACUGUUCAUAGAUGAAACUGACUUUGAGUGUUUAGAUGAAAGGUCAUUGUACGAUUCGUAUAAACAAUAUUGUCAAGAAUAUGGUUAUAUGACAGCGUCUAAACGAACAUUCUUGGCAAAUGUCAAAAGUCUUUUAGAUGUUCAGAAUGGUGUAUAUACAAAGAAAAUUUUUUAUGAGUAA